GCCUCAUGUUCUUUUUCUCUUUAGCAAAUGCUUCAAACCAUUGCAGGGCAUGGAUGGAGGUCACAUUCUAGUAAACCUGCUCAAAACUUACAUAUAGGCAAAUCUGGAGCUGGCUUUAGCUUUGAACUUACUGAUGAACAGAAAGAGUUUCAAGCUACUGCUCGUAAAUUUGCUGUGGAGGAAAUUAUUCCUGUUGCUGCACAAUAUGACAAAACUGGAGAGUAUCCUCUUCCACUUAUAAAAAGGGCUUGGGAGCUUGGUCUUACGAAUUCACACAUACCAGAAAGCUGUGGUGGUCUUGGCCUUGGCAGUUUUGAAGCAUGCCUUAUUACGGAGGAGUUAGCUUACGGAUGUACAGGGGUUCAAACUGCCAUUGAAGCUAAUUCCCAAAUGCCAGUAAUCAUUGCAGGAAAUGAGCAUCAGCAGAAAAAAUACUUAGGAAGAGUAACAGAGGAACCAAUGAUGUGUGCUUACUGUGUAACAGAGCCUGGAGCAGGCUCUGAUGUGGCUGGUAUAAAAACAAAGGCUGAGAAGAAAGGAGAUGAAUAUGUUAUUAACGGUCAGAAGAUGUGGAUCACAAACGGUGGGAAAGCAAACUGGUAUUUUUUGCUAGCUCGUACCAAUCCAGAUCCAAAAGCUCCUGCAAGCAAAGCCUUUACUGGAUUCAUUGUGGAAGCAGGUAGCCCUGGAAUCCAAAUUGGAAGAAAGGAAAUGAAUAUGGGUCAACGCUGCUCAGAUACAAGAGGCAUUGUCUUUGAAGAUGUGAGAGUCCCAGAAGAAAAUGUACUAAUAGCUGAGGGACCUGGCUUUAAAAUCGCAGUGGGAGCUUUUGAUAAGACCAGACCACCCGUAGCAGCUGGUGCUGUUGGAUUAGCAAAAAGAGUGCUUGAUGAAGCUACUAGAUACGCUUUGGAGAGAAAAACCUUUGGGAAAGCAAUUGUUGAACACCAAGCAGUGUGUCUUGCUGAAAUGGCAAUGAAAGUGGAACUUGCUAGGAUGGCUUACCAGAGAGCUGCGUGGGAAGUUGAUGCUCGUCGCAGGAAUACCUGCUGUGCUUCCAUUGCAAAGGCAUUUGCUGGUGACAUUGCAAACCAAGUAGCUACAGAUGCAGUACAGAUUUUUGGAGGAAAUGGGUUUAAUACUGAAUAUCCUGUAGAAAAACUAAUGAGAGAUGCUAAAAUCUACCAGAUUUAUGAGGGAACUGCUCAGAUUCAAAGGAUGAUCAUAGCUCGUGAACAUGUUGGCAAAUUUAAGGCUUAA